AUGGACGCCACUGGCAUCCAAAGGCAGACCAAGGAUCUCCUCUUCUUGAGAAGUCGUUUGAAAGAUGUUCUUCAGGAACCCAAACCUGAAGAUAUAGUAGCAGUACAGAAAGCAAAAACAUUGUACAGAUCUUGUAUAAAUGAAUCUGCCAUUGAUAAUAGAGGCGGAAAACCUCUACUCAGUCUGUUACCAGAUAUAUAUGAUUGGCCGGUAGCAACAGAAAACUGGGAACAAACAUAUGGUACUUCUUGGACAGCUGAGAAAGCUAUUGCACAACUAAAUUCUAAAUAUGGGAAAAAAGUCAUUCUUAAUUUUUUUGUUGGCACUGAUGAUAAGAACUCUGUGAACCACAUAAUUCAUAUUGACCAGCCUCGACUUGGCCUCCCCUCCAGAGACUACUAUGAGUGCACUGGGAUAUAUGAAGAGGCUUGUACAGCGUAUGUAGAUUUUAUGAUUUCUGUGGCCAGACUGAUUCGUAAGGAGAAAGGACUGCCCAUCGAUGAAAACCAGCUUUCUUUGGAAAUGAAGAAAAUUAUGGAAUUGGAAAAAGAAAUUGCCAAUGCUACAACUAAACCUGAAGAUCGAAAUGACCCCAUGCUUCUUUAUAACAAAAUGACAUUAGCCCAGAUCCAGAAUAACUUCUCACUAGAGAUCGAUGGGAAGCCAUUCAGCUGGUCAAAUUUCACAAAUGAAAUCAUGUCAACUGUGAAUAUUAAUAUUGCAAAUGAGGAAGAUGUGGUGGUUUAUGCUCCAGAAUAUUUAACCAAACUUAAGCUCAUUCUUACCAAAUAUUCUGCCAGAGAUCUUCAAAAUUUAAUGUCCUGGCAGUUCAUAAUGGAUCGUGUAAGCAGCCUCAGCCGAACCUACAAGGAGUCCAGAAAUGCUUUCCGCAAGGCCCUUUAUGGCACAACAUCAGAAACAGCAACGUGGAGACGUUGUGCAAACUAUGUCAAUGGGAAUAUGGAAAAUGCUGUGGGAAGGCUGUAUGUGGAAGCAGCAUUUGCUGGAGAGAGUAAACAUGUGGUUGAGGAUUUGAUUACACAGAUCCGUGAGGUUUUUAUUCAGACUUUAGAUGACCUCACUUGGAUGGAUGCUGAAACAAAAAAGAAAGCUGAGGAAAAGGCUCUAGCCAUUAAAGAAAGAAUUGGCUAUCCCGAUGACAUUAUUACAAAUGAAAAUAAACUGAACAGUGAAUACGCUGAGUUGAACUACAAGGAAGAUGAAUACUUUGAGAACAUAAUUCAAAACUUGAAGUUCAGCCAAAAUAAACAACUAAAGAAGCUCCGAGAAAAGGUGGACAAGGACGAGUGGAUAAGCGGAGCAGCUGUAGUCAAUGCAUUUUAUUCUUCAGGCAGAAAUCAGAUAGUCUUCCCAGCAGGCAUUCUCCAGCCUCCCUUCUUCAGUGCCCAUCAGUCUAACUCAUUGAACUACGGGGGUAUCGGCAUGGUCAUAGGACAUGAAAUCACCCAUGGCUUCGAUGACAAUGGCAGGAAUUUUAACAAGGAUGGAGACCUCGUUGAUUGGUGGACUCAACAGUCAGCAAAUAAUUUUAAAGCCCAAUCCCAGUGCAUGGUGUACCAGUAUGGAAACUUCUCCUGGGACCUAGCAGGUGGACAGCACCUCAAUGGAAUUAAUACGCUGGGAGAAAAUAUUGCUGAUAACGGAGGUAUUGGCCAAGCAUACAGAGCCUAUCAGAAUUAUGUUAAAAAGAAUGGUGAAGAAAAAUUACUUCCUGGACUUGACCUAAACCACAAACAAUUAUUCUUCUUGAACUUUGCCCAGGUGUGGUGUGGCACCUACAGGCCAGAGUAUGCUGUCAACUCCAUUAAAACAGAUGUUCACAGUCCAGGGAAUUUCAGGAUUAUUGGGACUUUGCAGAACUCCCCCGAGUUUUCAGAGGCCUUCCACUGCCGCAAGAAUUCAUACAUGAAUCCAGAAAAGAAAUGCCGAGUUUGGUGAUCUUCAGAAAAAGCAGUGUGGCCCUUGGCUAGAUUUGCCAACACCACAGAAAUGGGGAACUCUAUCCACAGAGGUCAUUGUAAUUACAUGGGGUUAGUUCACAGAGAUGACAGAGCAUCAUAUUAGAAAUGAAGUUAGGUUAUUCUGGAAAAGGUGUGGAGAGAGGAGGGGGGGGGGUCCGGUGUCUAUCAAAUCAAUCACUUUUCACUGUGUAAAUAAUGCUUGAUCUCUGAAGAUAUUACCAUUCAUUUCUGUUUUUCAUAUGAUCUGCCAGUUUGAAAACAGUGUUUAACACUCGAUGUAGACUGGGAUUUCUAAUCAAAGGGAAAUUAAAGAGAUUGAGGCAUACAGUUGGCUCCAACAGCACAGCUGUGACAUGAGGGUUAAAAGCACAUUGCCUAACUACUUAUCUUUACUUUUAUUUGCAAUAUUUCGCUCCUACAGAACUCUUCCAAAGAAUUCUUAUACAUCUUGGGGCCUUGGGACUUAAAGUAAUUUUUAAACCAAUUUUGCCAAUCAUCAGUUAUUCAUUCUGAGAUCAUUUUAUUUUAAGCUACUCUUAGGGCUAAAAUGAAUGUCUGAAACUGGUUUUCAUUGUACCUGCUUUCACCAAUACUGAGAUUCUUGGGGCUCCCUGCAAUUUUCUAAGCAAUUUCUUGUUCUCUCUAGCUCUCUCUCUCUCAAAACUUGAUCUUUUUAAGAGAUUUGUAGUAAUGUAUAAAUAAUAAUUUUUAUAUUUAAUUAUUAACUACAUUUAUGACUAAGUAAUUAUUAUUAUAAGUAAUCAUGGAAUAUUCACGUUUCAGACAGAUGAAUAGUUAUGGACCAAGAUCUGUAAAGUGAUGUACACAGGAAGAUUUGGGACUUUUUAAACUUAUCAAUCAUAUUGAUCAAAAGCUUUAAGCACAAACUCUGGGUUAAAAAUUGUCGUUGGACAGUUGUCUAAAGCGGGAUUUUCAAAAUAAACUCUGUUCCUGAGGGCUAUGAUAAAAGGACAACACUGCGUCUAUGGAGCUCUGCAUCUUCUUAUCUUUUUAGGUGUGUCAUCUGAUGGAAAUAUUUUGAUAAUAAAUUGAAAUUAUAAGCCCAUUACUCACCAAGCCUGUUGUGCCAGCUGUCUAGCUUUGGAAAGUGCAUUUCUGAAUAUAGAUGGGAGGCUUCCCCACCUCACACAGACUGCUUCUGAAACUCUAACUCACAUAGAGUUCGGGGAGGACACUGUCUAGUCCCUGACAGGAAUUUAUCUCUUGAGGCUUUUAUCUCCUUCUCUUUCCCUGUCCUUUUGUCUCGUUUGGUUAAUUUCAUUACUUGAUUAAUAGUUUACAAAAGAGGCAUUUUCCCCUUUUUUCCUAAAAAAAAUGAAAAUGAGGGAAUUACUCUUCAAAAUAUGUGUUAGUGUUUUUGCUUCUUGAAAAAUGCCCAUUUACCUUUUUUAAAAGUUAUGAAAAUAUAGUGUAUCCACAAAAGUUUCAUUAAACAUGAGUUACAGCUCAGUGAACUUUCUCUGGCUGAACACAGCCCUGCAACCAGCACCUUUAAGAAACAAAACAUUACUAGUGCCUUAGUCCUUAGUACUUCCAACCACCACUUCCUUCUUCCAAGGACAACUACUGUCCUGACUCCUAAUUUCAUACAUUAGUUUUAAUUGAUGAGCAUGUGUUCUUUUAUAUCUGGCUUCUUUCACUCAGUGUUACAUUUUGAGAUUCAUCUGUAUUGUUGCAUUUGACUAUGGGUUUCUCAUUGUCAUUACUCAAUACUAUCCUAUUGUGUGGUUAUAGGACCGUUCAUCCAUUCCGUUGUUGAUAGGCAUGUGAGAAGCUUCUGGUUUGGGGCUGUUACAAAUGGUGCAUUUAUGAGCCUACAUACUUGCACUUACCUAUCUUUCUUAACUUGAGAUUUUAAUGAGCUCAUUUCCACAAAUAUUUCAUCAACUUAUUAUAAAUAUUGAAAAUACAGUUUUAAACUAGCCAUGGAUAGCUUUAUCUUUUUCUUAUAUCACUGCUACCAUUAUUAUGGAUAAUUCAGAUUCUACUUAUGGAUAUAUUUCCUUAAAGAAACUGAAAACACAAGUAAGAUUGGUGGUUAGAGCAAUAGGAGUGUCCAGUUCUGAAAUAAACAACUGUCUUUGAAUCAUUUAGUUUCUAUCCUGUCAGAGCAGCUGAAGAACAACUAGUAUAAAUUACGAAAAGAUACUAAGUUCCCCCACUCUUUAAAACGUCUGUCUCCCAUCCUUUAUGGAAGGACUUGAGUGAAAUUUUCUGGGGAAAAAAGAAAGAAAAGGCCUUUCUAAUGCUUGGAUCUCCUGUAUCUAGAAAUGUCAGAUUUCCUGGGACUAAGGGAUACACCCAAGUGAAAAGACCAAUACCUACCCCCUCCCUCACACGUGAGGAUAUUACUAAUUGUAUACGGCAUCGUUGUUGAGUUGUGUGGGUCUCUCAAUGAGUUCCAAUCACCUGGAGUUGUUCCACUACGUGAGGCCUAUUUGUAAUCUCACACAUAAAUCCAGUUCACUGUGGCUGAAUUCUGGUCAAGAAGAGAGUUGAGAAGCUGAGACACAAAGGGUUGGGAGCCAAUAUAACUAAGAAAUGAGCAGAGAAAGAAGUUCUCAUUGGUAAGGAAUCUGCCUCCAUGCUGCAGUGUCCAUGUGGGUUCUGGGUGUGAGGUGGAAACGAUGCCGUCCUGGAGAAGAGUCUUCUAGUAUUAGCUGCCAUUAAUGACAAAGUGACCUUGGGCAUUUGAUCCCUUCUCUUGGGCCUUUGCUUUUCCCACAUGAAAUAAAAGAAGAUUCUAUCAGUAGUUCUCAACAAGAGAAGAAUGUGUCCAGUACUUCCUUGCUCAUAACCUGUCCCCCAGUGAAGAACCAAUGUAUAAGAUAAUUUCAGAACUCUCAUGUAAUUGCCUGAGUCUAGUUAGACCACAUUGUAUCUCAAAGACAAGGACUAAAGUGUGAUCUCAUUUGGGUCCAUGCUGUUCUUACUAGUUUUCUCUAAAGCCUUUAUUAUUCCUGUUGUCACAGAGGGAAUUCUCAAAGUAGAAGAUACCUGUUAGUUUGGAAAGAAGACUCCCCCCCACCCCGUCAAAGAUGGAAAAUCUGAAAGUUUAUCAGUUCCAGUCUCAAAAAUACAAAAUAAAAACAAACAUUUUUCAUA